GAAUUCUCUACAUACGCCCCUCGCCGGAUCCAGCUGGCCCGUCCAUCCCGACCUUUCUCGAAGCCACGAGCCGCCGCACUCAGGCCGCCGCCCUAGCCGCCGCGCCGUCCACCUCCGCCGGAUUCCAGUGGCAACCAGCCUCCGGUAUCCCCUUUUUCCACCCUCCGUCGCCGACAGUCACUGAAGCAUCUCCUUGCGAUGGCUGCAGCGGCGAUUUCCGGCGGCCACCUCGUCCUCUCCACCCCUACCUCCACCCGGCGCCCACAGUUGCUCCCCAUCCAUCCGCCUUCAGCGCGACCAAUCGCCGCAUCCUCCGCCUCCGCGGCCCGCCGCGGGGUCGCGGCCGCCGCAGUGUCCAGCCCUGCCGCGGUCCCCUCCACGGGGAAAGAUGGCAAACAGGUUCCUAAGGAUUUCCUCCAUAUCAAUGAUUUUGACAAAGAUACAAUCAUGAAGAUUCUUAACCGAGCAAUUGAGGUUAAGGCAAUGAUAAAAUCAGGAGACAGGAGCUUCCAACCGUUCAAAGGAAAGUCGAUGGCAAUGGUCUUUGCCAAGCCGUCAAUGAGGACCCGUGUUUCAUUUGAAACAGGAUUCUUCUUGCUUGGUGGGCAUGCCGUCUAUUUAGGUCCUGAUGAUAUCCAGAUGGGCAAGCGUGAGGAGACCCGUGAUGUUGCUCGUGUACUUUCUGGAUAUAAUGACAUCAUUAUGGCCAGGGUUUUUGCUCAUCAGGAUAUUUUGGACUUGGCAAAAUAUGCACCUGUACCUGUCAUAAAUGGCCUCACAGACUACAAUCAUCCGUGUCAGAUAAUGGCUGAUGCGCUCACUAUGAUUGAACACAUCGGCCGUAUUGAAAAUACCAAGGUUGUCUAUGUUGGAGAUGGCAACAACAUUGUGCACUCAUGGCUUCUAUUGGCUGCUGUGAUUCCCUUCCACUUUGUAUGCGCCUGUCCUAAGGGCUUUGAGCCAGAUGCCAAAACUGUGGAGAUCGCUAGGAGUGCUGGAAGUAAGAUUGAAAUAACAAAUGAUCCCAAGGAAGCAGUUAAGGGAGCAGAUGUUGUGUAUACAGAUGUUUGGGCCAGCAUGGGCCAAAAGGAGGAAGCUGAAUAUAGGAAACAAGUAUUCCAAGGAUUCAUGGUUGAUGAAGCCCUGAUGGAGAUGGCUGGUCCAAAAGCCUUCCUGAUGCACUGUUUGCCUGCGGAGAGAGGGGUGGAGGUAACAGACGGUGCCAUCGAGGCUCCCAACUCGAUCGUAUUCCCCCAGGCAGAGAACAGAAUGCACGCGCAAAACGCAAUCAUGCUUCACGUGCUCGGAGCUUGAUUACCCUCUGUUGUAUGCUAGACUGCUUAGUGUCGCAUCGUUAUUGAAGUUGAACAUUAUUACUGGAUACUAGGUUCCUUCGGCAUACUGUAAGCCUUGGAGUGUUUCCGUGAAGGCGUGAGGGUAGAGAUUUUGGAACAUGUCAGAUUACUCUGGGGUACUGUGUCAGGUCUGGUCAUCCUGAAUAAAUAUGAUACAUGCAUUUCCAUGUUUUCCAACUCUUAA